CAAGCUGUGUGCGGGCCCAGUUUAGUUGCAAACUUUGCCAACGUCACCGCCGAGGCAAAAUCGCGCUCACCGCACCAGGUAUAGAAUUCCGGAACUGCGCCAGCAGGCUUCGGUACCGAUUCGCAAGCGUGUGCGGACUUUUUUUCGUUCAUAAUUUUUCACCGUGCGACGCCCGCCGGGGCAGCAGCAAGGGCGCGCAGAUAGACAGGUAGUGAUAGCCCAGGAUUCGGGAUACAUCCAGACCCCAGAGCCUGGUCUGGAUGGUGUGUGGAUCGCGCGGGGGUUCGAAAGGAGGAACAGAACAUCAACAACAAUAAAGGAAAACUAGUGCAACAAUAAGACGGCCUUAAAAUCGGGGGAUUCGGCUGUGUUCUUCCAGAAGAAAGAAAGUGCCGCGCUGCUGGUGUGCGGGAGGAGAUUUUCCAGCCCGCGUCGGAGACGGUGCAGGACCAUGCGGAAGAGGGUCCCUGCAAUGUAGAAAAAAACCCGGGCUGCCAACGGCAAAUACGACGCGUCCUCUGAGAUAUGCACCAGCGGUCCAAAGCGGUGCACAUCCGAGACAACGAAGCCCAGCCGGUUAGCCCCGUGGAUCUGCGGUCUCGUAUGGAUGGUUCAUCGCCGCCGGAACCAACGGAGCACCGAAGCCAACAGAAAACCAGCAGACAAACGCCGUCCGAUCGUGGCAGUGGUAUGCAAAGAACUUCCUCCGGGGUAGUUUCCGUAUCCACCGUCAGUAGCAGCACCGGUCGUAGUGCCGAUCAUCAGCAGCUUCUUCAACACCAACACCAACAACAUCCUAGUAAUUAUCGCCACUCGACCCACGGGAGAAAGUCAAGUCCCGGAAGUGACGGUGCGGUCAGUUCUUCCACCAAUUCCAGCGGCCAUCGAGUUGAACCUCCAACCGAAGCGAGUUUGGACCGUUCGGCGGCGGCCCUACUAAGACACAGUUCAUCGGAUUUAUCGCCAUCGAUCGGUGGAUUGUCUUCCGGACUGAAAGAAUCUAGUAAGUGUCCAACACCAGGCUGCGUAGGACUUGGCCACGUAACUGGACUAUACUCGCAUCACCGGAGCUUGUCUGGAUGCCCUCGAAGGGAUAAGGUCUCAUCUGAACUACUUGCCCUCCACGAAACAAUCCUAAAAUGUCCCACGCCCGGCUGUAACGGGCGGGGCCACGUCAGCGCCGGUCGCAACUCGCACCGCAGUCUUUCCGGUUGUCCGAAAGCGGCCGCCAGUAAGGCAGCCGCCCGUGAACUCAAGUACCAGAAUGGAUUGCUCUUCCGGCAGAAGCUUCAUUCAGCAGUCCUAAACUAUCAACAGUUGAACGAAUAUCGGUCCUCUCUGAUCAGUCAAGCGCAGCACAGUCGCAGUUUGUCUCCGAUCGAUCUACGGCCGGAGCAAUUUUCACCCGUAGAGAACAGCGCUGCUGAAGAAGAGGAACCACAGAAUCUAAAAACCUCCGACCGGCGGUCGGACGAACCGACAGAAACUAGUAAAAGGCAGUCCGAAUCGGUUCCUAAGGAACCGAUUCCAGUUAUCAAAACCGAGAAACCCGACUUCGACGGUGAGUUGUCUUUGAACGAUCGACCAGCCAUGUUGGACGCCAGCAUGAGUUACGACCGCCAGGCGGACUACCGUUACAGUCACCAGCAGCAUCAACAGUAUACGAACCAUAUGACGGGCUCCGCUUCGGGUUACGACUUUGGUGGUUACCCAAGUCGACCGUACGAUACGGGUGCAUUCGAGCGGUACGACCCCCGGUACGGUUCCGCACCGUACGUCGAUCCGCAGAUGAUGGAAGAAUACACUUCCCCAAUCGGAGCGGCGGUGGGGUUUCAACAGGCGCAAGGUCACACACCGACAACUGUUGGCCUUGCGCCGGGGGAGCCUUCCACACCGAUUACUCCGGUGCUCAAGCUGGAACCGGACGAGACCAGCAGCACGACUGGACCGGUCUGUCCACGGCCACUCUAUCAUCCUACCACCACCAGCAGCAGCAGCAGCAGCAACAGCAGCAACAAUAUUGGUGGUACGGCAGUUCUUCAGAAGGUAGCGACCCAUCAGCAGCGGCCAUCUUCGGCAAUCAAUUUGAGUGUCAAGACCAGUUCGGAACUGGAUUCGGUCGGUACUACCAGGGGCAGCAGUAAAUCGCCAGCGGUUGGCGAUCGAGCUCCCGUGAUGGAUCUCUCUGGCGCCCCGAGUGUGACCUCCUCCGCUGUGACGGCCUCCUCCUCAAAAGUUGCCAGCCCUCAAACGCUGGAUCUGAGCGUCGGUCGACUUCCCAACAGCACCGUGAGCCCUCGGAUUAAUCAACGAGCUUCAACAACCGGUUCGCCAGUUCCCAAAUCUCCCCAGAAUGAACCGAUGGACUUUAGUGGACCCACGCGACCAGGACUGGGCUUUGGUUUUAUGGCACCACCGCCGGUCGCCAUGGGCUACAGUCGAGAUUCCACACCGGACAGUGCUUCCUCGCACUACAUCACGGACGGCUAUCGAGAUCAUAGUGCUUACCCAUCAUCAGCAACGUCAUCGGGUGGCUACGGAAUGGCCGCAAUGGAGUAUGUGACCGGGUCCGGUUACCCCGGAUACGGCCCACCGGGACCGUAUCAAAGCUGUAGCCCUUACGGAGCGCCUCCCCCGCAUCCGCCCUCGAGUCACCAUCAUCACCACCACCACCAUCAUCAUCUGUAUCCGUCUUCGGGAGCGUACGGUGCUUCGACUGGCCACUAUUCGAUGCCACCACCCAGUCACAUUCCGUCGCAGGAUCGGCUGCUUGCUGAUGGGCUUUCGGGAUUGAGCAGAGCAUAUCAGCAUGUCAGCUCGCAGGAACUUCGCUGUCCUACGGCUGGCUGUGACGGGUCGGGACAUGCUACAGGGAACUAUUCGUCGCACCGAAGUUUGUCCGGCUGUCCGCGAGCUACCAAGCCGAAAAAUAAACCCAGAGAUGGAUCCGAAGCGGAACCACUGAGAUGUCCAAUCCCGGGUUGUGACGGUUCCGGACAUUCUACGGGAAAGUUCCUGUCUCACCGUAGUGCAUCUGGUUGUCCAAUUGCCAGUCGCAAUCGAAUGCGGAUCAUCGACAGUGGUGGAACCAACAUCGGCGGAAUCAAAUUCGGAAGCGAUUCCGGAUAUUCCACGGAUGGUUGUGAAGCUUCCAAAAAGAUUCGUUUCUCCGAUGAGGGUUCUGAUAGAAUUAUCAGAAACUAUAACGGCAUAAACGACUUAGUCAGCUCCAAUGACACCCGAAGCAGUGAAGCCAGCAACCAUUCGGUAGCCGAUCUAGUGGACAGCUACAACAGCCAACAGCAGGACUCUUACCCAGGUGACCACAAACCACCGCUGCAGGGCGAACAACAACCGACAGCCAGCUCCGCUGGAGGUGAAGAUCUUCUCUCACUGGAAGCGGAAAUUUCCGAGCUGCACCGCGAAAACGCUCGAGUCGAGUCACAGAUGCUCCGACUAAAAACCGACAUCAACGCCAUUGAAUCACAGCUCAGCAGCACCGAUCGCCAGAAAGUUGAAACUCCAGUUGGCCAUGCCCAUGAAAACGGCGUAGGAGAAUACUACGGCAGCCAGUCUACUGCUCCCAACCAAACGGAGCAAACCAAUACAGUGGACGGUAAACAGAGCAAUAAUAAUAGCAACAUUUGUAAAAAUCAAAACAAAGAGCCAGAUCAACUUGAUCAGUACACCCAACAUCAGCAGCAACAGUAUUACAAUUCCACCGGUUAUCAUGACACUGCUGUGCCACACUACGGACUCGAACAGCCAGCAGCGCUGGAUAACCGAUCUCGAUACUACGAGUACGGUUCGGCACUAACUGCUACGGCAGCGCCAAUUUAAGAAAACCAUGACAUACACAGUGUAUAACGAAUUUUUAAACUGAAACUAUAUUUUUGGUUUUUAUAAUUUUCGAUACUCAAUCGGAUCGCUCACUUACAUAUCAAAGUAGAGAGGAGAAAAAUUUCUUUUUUUUUGGCGAUUGAAAAACCAUAGAUUACCUAUACUGUAAACCCUUAAAACUAAAGUCAUCUGUAAAUUGUGGCGAGCAUUGUGCUCGCAAAAAGACUAUGAACUACCAAUAAAAUUUCGUGUAGAAUCUUUGAAUUUUA